AUGAACGUGGCGAGUGCAUUGACUGGCGGCUUUGCAGCUGAUAUCAACAUUUCACAAUCCACAAUCAAUCUGGGGAAUCAGCUCAUGUUUAUGGGUAUCGUCGUCUUUGAGAUACCAUGUAACAUGGCCUUGCAACGAAUUGGUCCUCGCACGUGGAUAUCGGCUCAGGUCUUCCUCUUCGGAUUACUUGCUACCAUGCAAGUGUUUGUUCGCAAUCGAGGAUCUUUCCUGGCUAUACGACUGCUUCUAGGGUUCGCUGAGGCAGGUUAUAUUCCCGGUGCAGUCUACACUUUGUCGUCAUGGUAUACGAAAAGAGAAUUAGCCAAGAGAGUUGCCAUUUUCUUCUUUGGCAUGUUUGGCGGAAACGCCUUGAGUCCUAUCCUAGCUUCUGGCAUCCUAAUUCUCGAUGGUCGACACGGUAUUCGGGGAUGGCAAUGGCUCUUCCUAAUUGAGGGUCUAUUCACUAUAUUCGUCUCAUUCCUGCUAUCACUCUUCCUACCUGGAUCACCCGAUCUCACCAGGCCAUUAUUGAGUCCGGGACUUAUCAAGUUCUCUGAUUCCGAGAAGGACAUUCUUCAAAAACGACUCGAAAUCGACAAUGGUGGAAGCACCGAGGGCGCAUAUGGCGUACAUAUCCCGUUAAAAGUGGUCUUCCGUACCGUGGCUUGCUACCGUCGCUGGCCGCACUUUGUUUCUACAUUCGUUGUGUUUUCGACGUGGAGUCCUCUAACCACUUACACACCUUCCAUCAUCAUGUCGCUCGGCUUCGACAGAACAGUAGCAAACGCCCUGGCCGCAGUCGGCGCAUCCCUAUCCCUUGGAGUGGUAUUCUUCUUUGCCUACAUGAGCGAUCGGACCAAUCAGCGAGGUGCAACUGUGAUCGCUGCUCAAGUCUGCUACCUCAUUGUCCUGAUAGUAACCUUCAAGGUCCAGCCUAAUGCCGGUAAAUGGUCACGUUGGGGACUGUGGACUGCUGUGAACAGUUUGGCUGUGGGAUACCAUCCCAUCCAUAACUUCUGGGUUCAACUCAACUGUCGGGAUCCGAGGGAGCGGAGUAUCAGUAUCGCGUGA